AUGGCGCCGAAGAAGAAAGGCGGGCGUGGUGGACGUCGAGGCGGCCUGUCCAGUGACGAUGAUUUCGAUUCAAAAAAACCCGUUCCGACUCUGACCGCUGCUGAUGCCGCUGACUCUGACUCGAGCGAGGAGAGCAGUAGCGAGGAAGAAGCUCGGCCCCGUGGGGGCGCCAGCCGGUUCGCCGUCGCCGUUUCCAGCAGCGACUCCGACAGCGAUGACGACAGCAAUGACGGAAGCGACUCCGACAGCGAUGACGGAAGCGAGAGCGAUAGUGACGGCGGAAGCGAUGACGACAGCGAGGAAGACGAGAAGUCGCGAGGAGGGAAGGCGGCGUCCACGCAGUCCCGGAAGAAGGGGCAUGCGGGGCGAAGGAAGGCCGAAUCGUCUUCGUCCCCCUCCGAAAGCGAAGACGAAAGCGAGUCCAGUGACGAUGAGCCCAAGGGGAAGAAGGGAGCAGGCAAGGCAAAGCCGGCAAACAAGUCUGGUGAUUCAGACAAGGAGUCAAAGUCGCCGCCCCGAGCUGCAGGAAAGGCGAAGGCUUCGCCCAAGAUGUCCCAGGGGAAAGGCAAAAAAGGGAAACAGGUAGACGAGGACUUGGAUGCGCUUCUCGAGGAAGUGGGAGCGACUGGGCCUGCCCCGGCGCAAACAGAGAAGGCUGCCAAAAAAGGAAAGAAGGGCAAGAAAGAGGACGACGACCUCGAUGCUCUUCUCGCGGAACUGGAAACGCCGGCGAAGAAGGGAGCGGCGUCCGUCUCUCCUGCCGCUCCGUCUCCCGCAACUGCUCCAGACGAGAAAAAGAAGCCGGAGGAAGACAAGGGCGCCGCGUCUGACGAAGAGGCGGAGAGCCCAGAGCCAGCAGCAGCCGCCGGCGGUCUGACGAAGAAUCAGUUGAAGAAACAGAAGAAGAAGCAGGCGGCGCAGAAGAAAGUCGCUCAGAAGAAGGACGACAGCGAUGAAGAAUCGAAGCCGGCUCCUGCCGCGAAGAAGGGCCCUCUGAGCGCGGCAGCGCGCGCUGCUCAGGAGCGUCUUCGGUUACUCAAGGAAGAAGAAGAACGCCAGAAGAAGGAAGACGAGGAGCGGAAGCGACAGGAAGAAGAACAAAGAAAACGCGAGGCCGAGGAGGAGAAGAGACGACAGGAGGAGAGAGCGCUGAAGGAGCAGAAGCGGGCUGAGAGGAAGCAGAGACUGAAGGAAGAAGGGAAGUUGCUGAGCUCCAAAGAGAAGAAGGAGAGGGAGCGACAACAAGCCUUCCUGCGGCAGCUGCAGGAGCAAGGCAUCGUGAUUGGAGAUGAGGAGCGGGGCGAAGACGGCGAAAAGCGGAAGAAGAGCUCACGGGCUGUCGAUGGGAAAAAGAAGAAGAAGAGGGACAAGACAGAGGCGCAGGAGGCCGCCGAGGAAUCGGAGGAGGCUCGGAAACGCGAGGAGCAAGAGCAGAAAGAAGAGAAACGCAACGAGGCAGAACCAGCACAUGAAAACUGGGAAGAGCUCCUCGACGAGUUGGACGAUGCAGGCGACUCUGUGGACUCAAAGGCGCGUGCCGCCGAAAAGGACCAGCAGUCGCAAAAGGCGAAGAAAGGUGUCGUGAACGCCCGACAAAGAGCGGCGAUGGAAGCCGCCGCAGCCGCAGAGGCUGCCGCUGCGGCCGAGAAGAAGAAGAAGGAGGAAGACGCAGCCGUGAGAGCAGAAGAAGAGAAGAAGAAAAAGAAGGAAGUCGAACUUCGAUCUCCCAUUGUUUGCAUUCUUGGACAUGUCGAUACAGGCAAGACGAAACUGCUGGACAAGAUUCGCCACACGAAUGUGCAGGACAACGAGGCAGGAGGUAUCACGCAACAGAUUGGUGCCACGUACUUCCCCCCCGAAGCCCUCAUUGAACAGUGCAGAAAGUUCAGCAAGCAAGAUUUGCGGUUGCCUGGUCUCCUGAUCAUCGACACUCCGGGGCACUCUUCCUUCACGAAUCUCCGCGCUCGUGGGUCUUCGCUCUGUGACUUGGCGAUUGUCGUGGUGGACAUUAUGCACGGCAUGGAGCAGCAGACGCGCGAAUCUCUGGAGCUGCUGAAGCAGAAAAAGUGUCCCUUCAUCAUUGCUCUCAACAAAAUCGAUCGGCUCUACGGAUGGAACAGCGUUCCGUGGCAACACGACAUUCCCAAGCACCUGGGCUCGCAAGGAUCCAGCACGAAGGACGAAUUCGACAGACGCGCUGCUGAGGCGAUCACACAGCUCCAAGAGGAAGGCUUCAACUGCAGGCUGUACUGGGAGAACGAAGACGUUCGAAAGAAUGUCUCUGUCGUCCCAACCUCUGCGGUCACCGGCGAGGGCGUGCCCGACCUGCUCAACCUGGUUGUCCAGGUCAACGAAACCCUCAUGCAACGCACCAUCGCCAAGGAAGCAGUCGACAGCAGACUCGCGCGCGGCGAGCGGCAGCUCCAGUGCACCAUUCUCGAAGUCAAGGCCAUUGACGGCUUGGGUACGACGAUCGACGUCAUUUUGGUUCAUGGGACGCUGUACGAAGGAGACAAGAUUGUGGUGUGCGGCAUGAGCGGACCGAUUGUCACGACCAUUCGAGCGCUCCUGACGCCUCAGCCUCUCAAGGAGCUGCGCGUCAAGGGCGAGUACAUUCAACACUCGUUCAUUCAAGCGGCGAUGGGAGUGAAAAUCUCCGCACCGAAUCUCGAAGAAGCCGUUGCCGGAACGAGUGUGUUUGUAGUCGAAGAAGACGAUGACAUUGAAGAUCUUAAGGAGGAGGUCAUGAGCGACAUGGGGUCUAUCUUCAAAUCUGUCGAUCGAAGUGGGAGCGGCGUCUACGUCAUGGCAAGCACUCUGGGAAGUUUGGAAGCACUUCUUGUUUUCCUCCAAGAGAGCAAAAUCCCCGUUUUUGGCGUCAACAUUGGCACCGUCCAGAAGAAAGACGUGAAGAAAGCGAGCAUCAUGAGAGAAAAAGGACGCCCGGAUCUGUCCGUUAUUCUCGCCUUCAACGUCAAGGUGGAUCCUGAAGCGGAGAAGGAGGCCAAGACUCUGGGCGUGAAAAUCAUGACUGCAGAGAUUAUCUAUCACCUUUUCGACGAGUUCACGGCGUACUUCCAGAGCAUGAAAGAAGAGAAAAAGAAGGAAGUCGCGCAGGAGGCCAUUUUCCCCUGCAUCCUGGGUGUGCUCCCCCAGUACAUCUUCAACAAAAAGGAUCCCCUGAUUCUUGGUGUCGCAGUUGAGGAAGGCAUCCUCAAAGUCGGCACGCCUCUCUGCGUUCCCGACAAGGGGGAUCUCCGGAUCGGCCGCGUGGUGUCCCUGGAGGUGAACAAGAAGCCGUGCGACAAGGCGACGAAGGGCCAGGAAGUGUGCGUGAAGAUCGCUGGCGAGCCGAACGUGAUGAUUGGUCGCCACUUCGACGCGAAAAACAAAAUCGUCAGUCGCCUCACGCGCGAUUCGAUUGACUGUUUGAAGGAGCAUUUCCGCGACGACAUGUCCAAGGACGACUGGAAAACGGUCAUCCAUUUGAAGAAGAUUCUCGGCAUUCAGUAG